AUGGGCACUCCGUUUGGCAAAAGUCAUCCAGUUCUAACUCACAAUAGGGCGGGUCAAAUCGACAAUGGUCCCCACUAUCCAGUGAACCAAAGCAGCGGACAUACCAAUAUCCAGCAUAACAAAGAGGGAAACACCCUCAAGUACACUAGCGGGCCACUAGAUCUUGAUCUGAACACCGCGGCCAACGAGCUCGACCUGACUUUCCGCUCUCCAGGUGGCAAGAAGCUAACAGGUCAAUCUUUCCGCUCAAUUGGCUAUGUGCGUGACCAGCGAACGGAGAAACACCGCUACGAAGACGGGAUUUAUGCCGAGCGCCAGGGAUACAUGCUCGCGGGGCUGGACCUGGGCGUUGGCGAGAGGGUCUACGGACUCGGAGAGAGGUUUGGGCCCCUGGCAAAGAAUGGCCAGACAGUUGAUAUCUGGAACGAGGACGGUGGUACUUCUUCUGAACUCGCAUAUAAGAACAUCCCCUUCUAUAUUAGCUCCAAGGGGUACGGUGUCUUUGUCAAUCAUCCUGGUAAGGUCAGUUUGGAGGUGCAGUCUGAGCGAACGACCAGGGUCAAUAUCUCUGUUCCCGGCGAGGAGAUUGAGUACUUCGUCGUCUAUGGUGCUACGCCAAAGGAGAUCCUGAAUCGGUAUACUACAUUAACCGGACGGCCGGCUCUGGUUCCCUCGUGGAGUUAUAACCUCUGGCUUACGACAAGCUUUACAACCAACUAUGAUGAGGCUACUGUUACUGGUUUCCUCGAUGGGUUCCGAGACCGCGACAUUCCUCUUGGGGUCUUCCACUUUGACUGUUUCUGGAUGAAGUCCUACCAUUGGUGCGACUUCGACUUCGACUCGGAUAUGUUCCCAGAUGCCGUGGGUUACCUCAAGCGUCUGAAAGAGCGUGGUCUCAAAAUCAGUGUAUGGAUCAACCCAUAUGUUGGGCAGGCAUCGCCACUUUUCGAGGAGGGAAGAAAGAACGGAUACUUCAUCAAGCGUACCGACGGGUCCGUCUGGCAAUGGGACUUCUGGCAAGCAGGAAUGGCCGUGGUCGAUUUUACAAACCCUGACGCUUGUACAUGGUACAACAGCCACCUGGAGCGGCUCAUGGAGAUGGGCGUCGACAGCUUCAAGACCGAUUUUGCUGAGCGUAUCCCGGUCAAAGGUAUCAAGUACCACAAUGGGGCGGAUCCAGAGCGCAUGCACAACUACUACGCUCUGCUUUACAACAAGAUUGUCUAUGAGACUAUGAGCGCCCGCGUCGGACCUAGCCAGGGUCUCCUAUUCGCGCGCAGCACAGCGCCAGGUGGACAGGCAUAUCCCGUGCACUGGGGCGGUGAUUGCGAAAGCACAUUCGAGGCUAUGGCGGAGUCGCUGCGCGGCGGACUGAGCUUGAUGCUUUCCGGAUAUCUUUUCUGGGCAUCUGAUAUCGGUGGGUUUGAAGGAACUCCCCCACCGGCGCUUUACAAGCGAUGGGUCCAAUUUGGCCUGCUGUCAUCACACUCACGACUGCACGGAUCGUCUUCGUUCAGGGUACCGUGGAUCUAUGGUGAAGACUGCUCUGAUGUGCUGCGGGAUUGCGUGAAGCGUAAGAUAUUGCUUACGCCAUACAUCCUCCAGGAAGCAUUGAGAGGCCACACCGAUGGAACCCCACUGAUGAGGCCGCUCUUCUUGGAAUUCCCGGAAGAUUUGAACACGUAUGCCGUUGAUACGCAGUACAUGUUUGGAUCAAACUUGCUGGUUGCGCCUGUCUUUUCCGAAGAGGGCGAGGUCACUUUCUACGUGCCUGAAACUCCCAAUGAUGGGAGUGGGAAGUGGGUGUCGUGGUUUGAUCAUUCCAAGUCUUAUGAGCCCGGCCGAUGGUACACCGAGACUCAUGGGUUUGAUACUCUACCCAUCCUGAUUCGUCCUGGAUCUGUGACUGUAAUCAACCCGGCCAUCAAGGCCCCUGAGGAUGAUGCCUUGUCGGGCGUGGAGUUGUUGGUCAAUGGUCGUCCGAAUAGCGAGACCGUGAUCGAACUUGUCAAUUCAGCUCAGACUGAUGAGGUUCUAAAGACUGUUCGGCUUUCUUCUAGCGCAGAUGGAAAGCUGGAAGCGAGCGGCCAUCCAGUCAAGAUUGUUUACGUUGCAUAG